GCCAAAACAUCGCCGUCAUUUACCGCAAUGGUCAAAUGCCGAUGGCGGGGUAUCGGCGACUGACACCAUUGCCGACAGACUGGGAGCUCCUCCCUCGCUCACAUUUCUUGAAAACCAUUAAACCAGGCAAACCUAUCUUCUUCUUCCAGCUCACAUACGUUCACAAUGGCUCCCAAACUCCUCUACCCGACCUCGCUCGCAAUUGACGCCAGCCUUCUUGAGGGCUUUGGCGUCUCCCUGCAUUCCUACGACGUGAAAGAGCCCAUCCCAGACAACCUCCUCGACGCUGAGAUCCUCAUCACCUGGACAAACCCUGUGCCUCGACUGAAGGAGGAGGCCAAGCGCCUGACGAAGCUGCGCUGGAUCCAAUCCCUUGCCGCAGGCCCAAAUGACGUUCUCAGCGCAGGCUUCGAUUCCUCCAAGAUCACCAUCUGCACGGGAUCAGGGUUGCACGAUCACACUGUUGCAGAGCACACUCUAGGCCUUUUGCUUAAUGCCGCGCGACGCUUCUAUGAAAUGAGGGAUCAUCAACUUGAGGGAAAGUGGCCGGGUCAUUUGGGCGGACCGCAACCCGACCGUCCGAAGGGAAAGUUCACCUCGCUACAAGAUGCCAAUGUUCUGGUUUGGGGAUUCGGUAACAUUGCGAAGACAUUGACACCAUGGCUUACGGCGUUGGGGGCAAACGUGACUGGCCUUGCGCGCAGCGCUGGCGUACGCAAUGGCGUGGAGGUAUACGGGGAAGACAAGCUUCAAGAACUGCUUCCCAAGACGGACGCCUUAGUCAUGAUUCUGCCCGGAUCCGACGCAACCAAGCACGCGCUGAACACUGAAAGGUUAAAGUUGCUUCCCGAGCAUGCUUGGGUCGUCAAUGUUGGUCGUGGAACCUCUAUCGAUGAGGCCGCUCUGGCUGAGGCAUUGGAGAACGGAAGCAUUGGCGGUGCAGCGCUCGAUGUCUUCGAGACGGAGCCCCUCCCCGCGCAGUCGCGCUUUUGGAAGACACCAAACACCAUUGUGAGCCCACACGCAGCCGGAGGCAGGCCGCAAAACCCAGAGACGCUCAUUGCGUACAACUUGCGGAAAUUCCUCGCGGGGCAGGAACUUAAGAACAUUAUAUGACAAUCAAUCAAGUCGAAGCUGUGAGCACAUAUAACUCAGGCUUCCUAUUAUAUCAUUAGGAGAUCGUACUUGAACAUUUUUAAACAUGAAGUUCGAAUUUGGCACGCCCAUAGCUCUGCCCCA